UGGUUCUAUGAAAACAAGAGUUAAUAUAAGAAACGGGGAUAAGAAAAUGGAAUUUAAUGAAGGAAAGAUCAAAGAAUCCUCUAGUUUAAUAGUGGAGAAGGUAAUUAUGGAGAAAAAAGAGGGUUUAUUGCCGGUUAUGGAGGUUUCUUUGGAGUCAGUAACACAUGUUUCAUGUAAUGAGAAUAAAGAGGAAAUAAAAGGGGAUUAUGAGGAAAGAAAUGAAAAGAAAGGGCCUCAGGAUGAGGGUAAUAUGAAAGGAGAUGUGUGUAUGACGUCAUUUGUAUCUGCACAAUUGAAAAAGGCAACUUUGAAGUUUCAUCGUAUAUUUUCGCCUUUUGAACGGGAAACAGAGGGUCAUAAGACUAAAGAAAAUGAUAAAAACAAGGUUGAGAUCAAGGAUAAGGAUUCUGAUAUGUUUUUGAAGCAACAGGAUAUAAGGAAAAAUGGAUGUAAUGAAAAACCGCAAAUAUCUAAUCAUAAGAAUGAAAAUAUUUCUGAUUUCUUUACACUUUGUUCAGAUGGUACUCAUUUUCAUACAUUUCGUAAGGUUUUUCGAGGACAUAGGUUUCGUUUUGUAUUUCGUGAUUUGUUUGGGAUUAUUAAGAAGAGUCGUGCAUAUGCUUUAGAUAAUUCUACACAAAAUCAUUCGGGUUUUAUUAAUAGUUGGAUUGAUAAAAUGAAGCCAGAAAGGUCAAAUUCGUCUAAGAAGGAAAAGAAUCAUUUGAAUUCUGGCUCUAGUUUGUAUGAAAAGUAUGGGCAUUGUCAUGAAAUUAUAGGAAAAGGUGCCUUUGGUGUUGUACGUAUUUCAUAUAAAGUAGAUCCGAAAAAUGCAUAUGCUGAACAGUUUUAUGCUGUUAAGGAGUUUCGUAAACGACCUACUGAAUCUACAAAAAGAUAUACAAAACGUCUUACAUCUGAAUUUUGUAUUUCCUCUACAUUGAGACAUCCUAAUGUCAUUCAUACUCUUGAUCUCAUACAAGAUUCUAAGGGUGAUUAUUGUGAAGUGAUGGAAUUUUGUGCUGGCGGCGAUUUAUAUUCUUUAAUUUUUUCAUCAGGAAAACUCAACAUAAUAGAAGCCAAUUGUUAUUUUAAACAGCUAAUGCUAGGCGUAGAAUAUAUGCAUGAAAUGGGGGUUGCACAUAGGGAUUUGAAGCCAGAAAAUCUUCUUUUAACACAUAACGGUGUUUUGAAGAUUACUGAUUUUGGAAAUGGCGAAUGCUUUAAAAUGGCUUGGGAAAAAAAGGCUCAUUUAACAUGUGGACUUUGUGGCUCUAUCCCAUAUAUUGCGCCUGAAGAAUAUACUGAUAAAGAAUUCGAUCCUUGUGCCGUUGAUAUCUGGGCAACCGGUGUUAUCUACAUGGCAAUGCGUACCGGAUGCCAUUUAUGGCGUAUUGCAAAAGAAAAUGAAGACGAAUUUUACAAAAAAUAUCUUCAAGAAAGAAAAAAACCUUCCGGCUAUCUGCCUAUCGACUCCUUGCUAGAAACAAACUGUAAGAAUGUAAUAUAUUCUAUCUUGGAUCCUUCUCCUGAUCGUCGUAUUACCGCUAAGUAUAUACUUCGUUCUGAAUGGGUACAACAAAUUUUAUUAUGCAAAGCUGGUCAACUUGGCUUUUAAAUCCCCUUAUAUUAUUUCUUUUUUUUAACAAUCUUGCUUUUCUUGC